GUUCUGUGCAGCUCGGGGGCGAGAAGCCACUCUGUAAUCUGUGUUUAUAAGCAAAGAGUCUAUGCUGCUAACUAAUCGACUGCAAAAUAUCUAAUUUAUUCGAUAAAUUUUAAAAGAUUGGAACCAAUUUUCUACGAUGGAUAUACGUCCAAAUAAUACCAUUUAUAUAAAUAAUCUGAAUGAAAAAGUGAAAAAAGAAGAACUGAAAAAAUCUCUUUAUGCUAUUUUUUCCCAGUUUGGACAAAUAUUGGACAUAGUAGCUUUGAAAACUCUCAAAAUGCGAGGCCAAGCAUUUGUCAUCUUUAAGGAAAUUCAAAGUUCCACAAAUGCUCUACGUUCUAUGCAAGGUUUUCCCUUCUAUGAUAAACCUAUGAGAAUCCAGUACUCAAAAACAGAUUCAGAUUUAAUUGCAAAAAUGAAGGGAACUUAUCAGGAAAGACCGAAGAAAGUAAGGCCGGUUCCAGUUAAAGAAGAUGAUGCACCCAGAAAGAAGAAGAAAAAUAAGGAUCCUAACAGAGUCCCAGGAGGCGCCAAUGCUGAGCAACCUCCAAAUCAAAUUCUUUUUCUCACUAACUUACCUGACGAAACUAGUGAAAUGAUGUUAUCCAUGCUGUUUAAUCAAUUUCCUGGUUUCAAAGAAGUGCGUCUGGUUCCUAAUAGGCAUGAUAUUGCAUUUGUGGAAUUUGAAAAUGAACUUCAAUCAGGUGCUGCCAAAGAUGCUCUUCAAGGAUUUAAAAUCACACCAACACAUGCAAUGAAAAUUUCAUUUGCCAAAAAAUGAUGAGUAUGUAAGAUUAAGUUACAUAAAAUUUAAUUUUUUAACAAUAAAGAACUUCAUUUGUAAAAUAAACAUCAUUGAUUUAU